AUGACUGCAUUUGUUGUGUUUGGAGCAAUUCAUCUUGUGAUAUUACUCAUGUAUGUACACUCUAAAGACAAACCAAAAGAGCACAAAUGGAGAAAGUUCAUGAAAAAUUUAUUCAGGCUGAUGACUUUUAACAUAUACAUCAGACUGAUCAUGGAAAGCUUCUUGUUCAUGAUGCUUUCAAUUAUGACUGAGAUAAAACUCUUCAACACCGGCUCAAUUCCGACCAUUAUUUCGUUGGGCCUCAGCUUUGUCUUCUUGCUUUCAAUUACUAUCUUUUCUGUUCUUAGUAUUUGGCUGUAUUGGAGUCAGAUCAAGGGUGCCAUUCAUGAAGAAUAUUGGAUGUACAAAGAACUGUUUGAUGGGCUUAAAAAUGGGAAAUACUCCCACCUCCAUUCUGUUCUAUUUAUGCUCUGGAGGUUUUUGUCAAUAUUGAUUUUGAUAUUUUUACCGCAAGGAAUAUAUUUAUUGAGAGCCAGUCUGUUUGCAAUGACACAAUUUAUCUCGAUGUGUUACUUGGUGAUCAUCAGACCCUUUGGUGAUCCGAAAGAAAAUAUCAACGAAUGAAUCAACCAGAUAAUAUACUUCAUGCUGUCUUUGAGCUUGAUAUCAUUAGAAAACAGAGGAGACUGGACUGACACCUAUGAAGACAUAUACAUGUACACUCUGAUAUUUGCACCUAUCAUUGGAAUCAUUGUAUCUUUUGUCGCUCUUAUCAGAGACAUUAUAAAGUGAAAGAAUCGUUACAAGAAUAAGACGAAUCCGAAGACAUUAGUCAAAAAAUCCCAGCUUAAAUUGCCUGAACAAAUCCAGGUGGCAAGAGAAGGAGGUUUGGAGCAAAGCCAUUUCUCACAUCAAUCUGAUGUUAAGAUUUUAACGAAGUCUUUCAAGAGUAAGUUGAGAUAUCCAAACCCAAAGAAUGAAAUUAACAUGCAUAAAUCAUAAAUGAAAAGAAUGACUAUCAAAAGAAUUCUUAGAUAAUUAAGAGGACGAGUUUUAACGAUACCUAAAACCCACUUUCUUUCACAUCAGUAUGUCUCUAUUUCCAAAGUGGCAUUCUCUCCAUACACAAGCACACCCUAACCACCCUCUCAAAGCCCUCUCCAACCCUUAUCCCUAAUUAUC